GUUAACUAUGGCUUACAUCGGGAUUGAUUUGGGUACGACCAACUCUUGUAUGGCAAUCGCUAAAGAUGGUACGUACGAAGUGCUAACCAACAGGGCGAACGAAAGGUUGACGCAAUCGUUUGUCUUCGUGCAAGUUGUUGGUGUUUCGGUGGGAUCAAUAGCUUUUAAACAAGCCUCCAGGAUACCUAGAAAUGGAGUCUACGAGGUCAAGAGACUGAUGGGCUAUGAAUUCGACGACCGCGAAGUACAAACAGACAAACUGUGGCUUGAGUAUUUUACAACUAGAGGAGAGAAUAAUGAAAUCGGUAUCAAAUUUGAAAAUUGCGAUAAACUGAAAUCGCCUAUUGAAAUCUCUGCCUUUAUUUUACACAAAUUGAAACGUGAUGCGGAAGAAAAACUUAAGAUGACGUUCAACCAAGUAGUAGUGACAGUUCCCGCUUACUUUAAUAGUGUACAAAAGGCUGCAACUAAGUUAGCCGCCUUGGUAGCUGGUUUCGAAGAGGUGAAGCUUCUAAAUGAGCCUACUGCAGCUGCCUUAAGUUACUUACCGAGGUUGUCUAAAAUUUCAGGCAAACGUACCAUUAUGGUUUUCGAUCUUGGCGGCGGUACUUUUGAUGUGUCCAUUGUUGAAAUUCUGAAUAAGACUUUAACCGUUAAAUCUGUUUAUGGCGACAGUCAUUUAGGUGGAGAACUGUUCUUGAGAAACAUGAUCAAUUUGGUUAAAACUAGACUGAAGAGUUUGUAUCCAAAAAUUCGUAAUUUAAGUGAACGGUCUAAGAGAAGAAUUCGAACAGAAUGUGAAGAAGCCAAAAAGCAACUCACUUUUUAUGAAACUUACAAUAUAAUCAUGAACUAUUUUGAAACAGAAGAGGAAAUAGAAAUUCCAGUUUCACGUCAAGAGCUGGACGAUCUCAAUCAAAAACUCUACGAUCAAAUUAUAAAAAUCAUGAAAAGUUGCAUUGAAAACUCGGGAAUUCCCCAAGAUAAUAUUGAAAAAGUUCUAUUGGUUGGAGGUGCGAGUUUUACGCCUAAAAUUAGAGACAUGCUAAAAGAAUAUUUUGGAAAUAACGAUAUUUUAGAAACGAACAUAAACUCAGAUGAAGCAAUUGCUAUAGGGGCUGCCAUUCAAGCUUACUCUUUGUUCAGCGAUGAUAAAGAAGAUAUCUACGUGGUUCGAGACGUAGCUCCAAUGUCCAUAGGUUUGAUAAUAAACGACGGGGAGUUUAUAAAGUACAUAGAUAAAAACACACCACUUCCAGUUGAAGUUAGUGUAGAACACGAUAUUGUUCAUCUAACAGACAAGUUUUUCCAAGUAUCUUUCUUUGAGAACAAUACAAGUGUUCUACUCGGUGCCAAACAGGUGAAACUCAUUGACGAACCUGACCUGGUGACAAUAAAGAUUCGCGUCGAAGAAGGGGAGGAUUAUAAAAUAUCUAUUACCGGGUCCUGCAUCAAGGAGACCAAUUUUGUGCUACAGGUUCGAGGAACAUUAGACAAAAGUGACAUCGAGAAGCUUAGAGAACAGGUCAAACGAGAACUGAUUAACUGAUAAGUAAUCUGUCAAUCUGUAAUCAGAUACGUAUCUAAUUAUAUCUUCAAAAAAGUUGUUUAGUUGUGAUAGAUAGAUCAAAACAGUCUCCUGCAUUUUGGUAUAUUGAGAAAUUUUAUUUGUAUAUAUAUAU